AUGAGGCGAGGUGAUCAUCUUUAUGAGGCCCCAAUACCGCGAAACUAUCGUCUCUUGCCUACUACGAGCCAGCAAGCCAGCGAUCGUUUUCAGGCCCUUCUCGGACCAAUCGGUCGUUCCUUCCAUGCUGCAUAUGAAAAGAUUGACGUGGCAAUAAAGGAGACUCUCGAGGAAACCACGCAGUCUGUUCAGGAAACCCAUCGAGAGCAAGAUUCUACAGGCCAGUUAGCGGACCGCUUUACCAUCACUGCCGAGGGCAUAAAGCUUGCAGCAAGCACUACGUAUGCCGGUGCCGCUGAAGGAACUACAUUGGCCGAUCCGAAUUUCGCUACUACAGUGAACAGCUCUACGAAGAAUUCUAGUGCAAGAGAACCCGUUUAUAGAGAACUGCAAGGCGCAAAUGAUUUUCGGCUCAUAAAGGUGUCCCCGAAGAAUGGACAAGGCUUAGAGUGCAAGAUUAUCUACAGUUCGCUUCGCCAUCCACCAGAUUAUAUUGCGAUUUCUUAUGCAUGGGGGGAUGGCUUUGAUAAGAGACAGAUAGAUUUGGAAGGCAUUGAACGCGUUUCAGUCAACGCGAAUCUUUACGAUGCCCUAGUGGCUGUCCGCGAAUCAGACAAGGCCAUUCUCGUUUGGAUAGACGGACUCUCAAUUGACCAAGAGAACAAAAUAGAACGCGCUAAGCAGGUCCAGUUGAUGGACAAGAUUUAUCGACAGGCAACAUCUGUUGCCAUUUGGCUUGGACGUGAAGCGGAUGAUAGUGGGCGGGCGAUACAACUGUUGAUGAAUUCGGUGGUCCCAGCGACAAGCGAAUGGACCAGCCGUUUGGAACAUCGCGACUUGAAAGCUUUGCUCUCUCUAUUCAGGAGAAAUUAUUGGAGUCGGCUUUGGGUUGUACAGGAAGUAUUUCAUGCAAAGAGCAAGGUAGUCUACUGCGGCUCUUCUAAACUCCCCUGGUACCUACAUAAGAAGGCAUCAGAUGCUCUUUGGCAACACGAAAGCGACCCUUACCUCUGGACAGGACCAAGUAGCUUUCCAGACGUUCAACGUCUCAUGGUGUCAGGCCCGAACUCUCUGCUAGAAGUUUUACGAGCUUGCCGAAGGAAGCUAAGCGAGAACCCAAGGGAUAAGAUUUUCGGUGUGCUAGGCAUACUCCCAAGGGAUAUACGCGAACGCCUACAUGUGAGUUAUGACACAUCUGUCAAGUCUCUAUACUUGGAAGUCGCCCAACUCAUCGUCCGUUCCACACGUCGCCUUGAUGUGAUGCGCGAAACGAUUCACUUUCCUGUUCAGGUCAGCUUUACCGACUUACCUACAUGGUGUCCAGAUUGGGCACAGGUUCCAGAAAACUCAGCUUUGUCUUCAGAUAACUUCUCGGCUGCAAGCGACCGCGACGCGGAAUACGAGUUCAAGGACGAAUUCCGGAAGCUUGAAAUCUCUGCCAUCGAACUGGAUAUUAUCGAUACGACCGGUGUGGCGGUAGGCACUCUGUGCUCGUUACAAGAUUAUCUCAUGGCCUUUCUGAACUGGCGGGUGCUGCUUCUUUCUCAUUUCGACAUUACGGAAAACGAAGAGAAGGACCAUCCGCGCGUCGAUGACUUCUGCAAAACGCUCUCACUAGGUCAGCCACUUGAGGAAUUGAAGCACUCCUGGACAAGAGCCUGCUAUUACAUCUUCUCUUCAUGGAUUCAGGAGCGAUUCCCACGUCUUCAGCUGGACCGCAAGUUCCAGCAACUAGGGGAGCCGGACAGCUUGCAAACCCAUGAGCAACGAUCAUUCAUUCAAAAAUACUUUGGGGACAGGAUGAUGGGCAGAACCUUUUGCAUCACGAGAGACGGAUUAAUGGGCAUGGGAACGGGUUUCAUGAGCCGCGAAGACAUCGUCAUUGUACCGCUUGGCUGUUCGACACCCAUCAUACUGCGUGCGGAAGGCGAAAGCGAUGAGUAUCGUUACGUUGGGGACGUCUAUAUCCAUGGUUAUAUGCAUGGCGAAGCUCUCGAAAGCGACAAGCCAGUCAACAAGUACAAGCUACACUGA